ACACCACUGCGCACGCGUCAAUUCCCCAGUCUAGGGUCGCGUUUGGCGUCGCCCCCUGACAGUCACCUGCUCGGAAGCUACUCCCUUCUAAGUUUACGUGUCCAAGUGGACUUCGAGCUGAUACUCAGGCCUUGGGAGGCUCCUGCCUUAGCGUCCCGCCUUCCGUCUACUCUCUCGGCUCAGCUUAGGCUGCCGUUGUUUUCAUUUCUGUCGCCUCGACCCGUGACUCCCGUCCCCAAAGCCUGACCCCCUGGCACCCCGGCUGGAACCGGUCGCAGACUCUGUGAUAGUUUAUGCUGUGGACAUUUGGUCCUGAUGUGGAGGGAUAUUGUGAAAAGUUUCCUUUGCUAGGCGAACUGUUUUGCAGCUGCUGUGGAGGGAUGGGGAUAUGUCACUGCACACCUUGAGCUUGAAGUUAUAUUAACCUUGUUUUAGAAGACAACGUACAAGGACAACUUUAUAAGGCAACAGGAUUAAAGAUGACCAAAUACUGGGCUCCAGAAAUUUAAAACAACCAGGUACAAAUGCAUUUGGAGCUUAGCAAACUACAUAUUCUUCAGUGGAGCUGAGAAUUGAUAAGUCUGCUCUUCACAGUGAUUUGGAACUUUCCAAUCCCAGAGAAAGGUUGACCAAGGGACUACACAGAAGUGAGUCCAUAUGGAAGAAGAACUUCCUCUUUUCUAUGGAGAAAGUGGCAAGCCAGUACGGGCUACUCUAUCAUCUUUGAAGAUGUUAGAUGUGGGAAAGUGGCCAAUUUUUUCCCUUUGUUCCGAGGAAGAACUGCAGUUAAUUCGUCAGGCUUGUGUCUUUGGCAGUGCUGGCAAUGAAGUUUUAUAUACUACAGUAAAUGAUGAGAUCUUUGUGCUUGGCACGAACUGCAGUGGCUGUCURGGGUUAGGUGAUGUCCAGAGCACCAUUGAACCUCGAAGACUGGAUUCUUUAAGUGGCAAAAAGAUAGCCUGUCUCAGCUAUGGAAGCGGUCCACACAUUGUCCUGGCAACAACAGAAGGAGAAGUCUUCACCUGGGGUCAUAAUGCUUACAGCCAGCUGGGCAACGGGACAACGAAUCAUGGCUUAGUGCCCUGUCACAUCUCUACUAAUUUGUCAAAUAAACAAGUCAUUGAAGUUGCCUGUGGGUCCUACCAUUCUUUGGUCCUAACAGCUGAUGGAGAGGUAUUUGCCUGGGGUUAUAAUAACUCUGGGCAGGUAGGAUCUGGGUCAACAGCAAAUCAGCCAAUCCCUCGAAGAGUCACGGGCUGUUUACAGAAUAAAGUAGUCAUGAACAUAGCGUGUGGACAGAUGUGCUCAAUGGCAGUAGUGGACACUGGGGAGGUCUACGUCUGGGGUUACAAUGGGAACGGGCAGCUGGGACUUGGCAGCAGUGGCAACCAGCCAACCCCCUGCAGGGUGGCAGCUCUGCAAGGCAUUCGUGUCCAGCGGGUUGCCUGUGGCUAUGCACACACGUUAGUAUUAACAGAUGAAGGUCAAGUGUAUGCUUGGGGAGCAAAUUCUUACGGCCAGUUGGGCACUGGCAAUAAAAGUAACCAGUCCUACCCUACCCCUGUCGUUGUGGAAAAGGACAGGAUCAUAGAGAUUGCAGCCUGUCACUCCGCCCACACAUCUGCUGCCAAGACCCAGGGAGGGCACGUGUACAUGUGGGGCCAGUGCCGGGGCCAGUCGGUGAUCCUGCCCCACCUCACCCACUUCUCCUGCACCGACGACGUGUUUGCGUGCUUUGCCACUCCUGCUGUCACUUGGCGCCUCCUCUCAGUGGAACCCGAUGACCACCUCACCGUGGCUGAGUCACUGAAGAGAGAAUUUGACAACCCAGAUACCGCAGACCUGAAGUUUCUGGUUGAUGGAAAAUACAUUUAUGCACAUAAAGUCCUUCUCAAAAUUAGGUGUGAGCAUUUUCGUUCUUCAUUGGAAGACAACGAGGAUGAUAUUGUAGAAAUGAGUGAAUUUUCAUAUCCCGUGUACCGAGCUUUCCUGGAAUACCUCUACACAGACAGCAUCAGCCUCUCCCCUGAGGAGGCAGUAGGAUUGCUAGAUUUGGCUACAUUUUAUAGAGAAAAUCGUUUGAAAAAACUCUGCCAACAAACCAUCAAGCAAGGGAUCUGUGAGGAGAACGCCAUCGCUCUCCUCUCGGCUGCUGUGAAAUAUGACGCUCAGGAUUUAGAAGACUUCUGCUUCAGGUUUUGCAUAAAUCAUCUGACUGUAGUGACACAAACUUCAGGCUUUGCAGAAAUGGACCAUGAUCUCCUGAAGAACUUCAUUAGCAAAGCCAGCAGAGUUGGAGCCUUUAAAAAUUGAUCCCAUCUGCAGAAAAGAAGAGUUUUUGAACCUUUCCAUUUCCCCUGCAAAAAAGCCAGUGGUGAAUAGCUUCACUUCAGUUAACAGUAUUUAGAAUCAGCUACUUUUGGCUGAAUACUUGUAUUCUGUUAGAAGGAUGUGAAUCAGUCUUUUUCAUAUGCCUAAAUCUAAAGUUUACAUAGAAAGCAUUGAAUACUCUCAUCAGAUGCAACUGUGCUCAAGGAAAACAAUGCAAAUGUCUUAUAUUUACCAUUUCCUCUUUUGAAUCAGUUGGACAACUUUGAUUCAUUGGGAUAUUGGUAUAUGUUCCUCUGGCCAAGUGUUCCAUUAUUCAGCAGGCUGGUAGUACGCACUUCACUAGACAAAGAAUGCUGUCACUACUACAUUUUCAGCACCCAAAACAGUGCCUUGCAUAUAAUAGGCACUCAGUUAAUUGAUUAUAAAUCUUAAAGGUGAUCUGAGAACAGCUUUAUUUGUGGAAUACUGGAUAAAGAAGUUAUACAGGAUAAAUAUAAAACAGCUUGUAAUUAUUGAGGUUCAUAGUCUUCUGGUACAUCAUUCUGAGAAAUAGUGGCUAAUUUAGAGCGCUAAUUAGAAUUCACAAAAGGCCUUAGCAAUUAAAUUGUCAAAGGCCCAAGGGCUAAUUUUAAUUUUUUUUAGUCUGAGUAAUUAAUUUAUCAUAUGGGAUUAUUGGAUAUGAAGUAUUACCUUCAAAUGAAUGUUAUUUCUGGGUUCAUCUGCCUUACAUAAAUGCAUAACAAGGUCCUUUGCUUUUGUUUGUGUUAAGGAUGAUUUGCCUUUGUAAGUAAAAAUGAUUAUGAGUUUUUCUUACAGUUGAGCAUAUAUCACUAUAAAACAGGUCUCUUAAACUGCACUGGUAUAAUUGUACUAGCUGAAAUGAUACUUACAUAACAAGUGUGAGAGAAAUUUAUACUUUUUUAGAUCAAAACAAGUUACUCAAUUGCAAAAGAGAAAAUGGAACAGGACAUAGUAUCCGUUUCUUCUAAUAUAUAUCUCACAAUAUGAUGUUAUGUAAAGAAGACCCUUUUAGAAUUGUAAAUCUUGUUCUGAUGCUGAACUAUUUGAUAAUAAUAAAGUGCUUAUUUGCAAAUAAUAGAA